AUGUUGGCGGCGACAUAUGGAGGGACAAAUACUCCGCCGCUGAUUGGCCGAUGGGCAUUCCGCGAUAUCGUACGAUCUCCGAAUCACGACAUGUUUUCUUUCUCUACUCUCGUCACCUCCUCAACAAUGGCUUCUCUGGGGGGUUCUCUGCCUCUAUGGCGGAGUGUUGCGCCUCGCUUGGCCAAAGAUCUCUUCACCUGUCGCCAAUGCCUGCGGAAUCAAGGCUACGCAGCCAAAUCGGUCCGCCAAUUCAGUUCACCCCCGUCUCGCCAACCCAGCAAGAUUCACUCGAAUCUCUUCACCGAUAAGAACCGCCAAUUCUUCACCUCCAGUCUCAAGCGAUCGUCCGCUGCGCCAACCGUCACCGAAGCAAUCGAAGAGGGCGCAAAGAGCAAGUCCAGCUUCCCCAAGAUCAGCGAUAAGGCCGUUGCCUACUGGCUUCUCGGCAGCGCGGCCAGUGUUUUCGGAAUUGUGGUUUUCGGUGGUCUCACACGAUUGACCGAAUCAGGAUUGAGUAUCACCGAAUGGCGACCUGUCACCGGCUCUCUGCCUCCAAUGAAUGCGGAACAUUGGGAGUCUGAGUUUGCGAAAUACCGUGCCUCUCCGGAAUUCCAACUGCUUAACCCGAACAUGACCCUUUCUGAAUUCAAGUCGAUUUACUACAUGGAAUGGAUCCACCGCCUCUGGGGUCGCUUCGUCGGAAUGUCCUUCGUCUUGCCUGCUGUUUACUUCGUCGCCCGAAAGAAGGUCUCUACGCCCAUGGCGUGGCGCCUCUUUGGUAUUGCCGGUCUCAUUGGUUUCCAGGGCUUCCUUGGAUGGUGGAUGGUCAAGUCUGGACUCAAGGAUGAUCUCUUCGCUCCUGGCAGUCACCCCCGCGUGAGCCAGUACCGUCUCACUGCUCAUCUCGGUGCUGCUUUCACUUGCUACGUCGCUAUGCUGUGGAACGGCCUGGCCAUUCUCCGCUCUCACCGUCUGAUGGCGGAUGCCGCAGCCGGUAUGGAGCAGCUGAACGCCCUCCGGGACCCGAAGCUGGCUCUGUUCCGCCGCUCGGUUGCCGGUAUUGCUCUUUUGGUUUUCACGACUGUCGUCUCUGGUGGUCUAGUUGCAGGUCUCGACGCUGGACUGAUCUACAACGAAUUCCCAUUCAUGGGUAACGGCCUUGCGCCUCCCAGCUCGGAAUUGUUCGAUACCCGCUACUCUCGCCACGAGGACCGCUCCGACCUUUGGUGGCGCAACAUGCUGGAGAACCCUUCUCUCGUCCAGCUUGACCACCGUAUCCUUGCUACUACCACCUUCACGGUCAUCUGUGCCUUGAUGGCUUACACUCGUGGCUCUCCUACCAUGAAGCGCUUCCUGCCCGCACCUGCGAGAAAGGGCGUGCACGGUGUGUUCGCUUUUGCUUGCUGUCAGGUCGCUCUUGGAAUCUCCACGCUCCUUUACCUUGUUCCUACCCCUCUGGCUUCCGCCCACCAGGCCGGUAGCUUGUUCCUUCUGACCUGGGUCAUGAUCUUGGGCAGCCGUGUGUGGCACCCCACCCGCACAGCCAAGCUUCUUCAGAUGGCUGUGAAGGCUCGGUCUCAGUACCCUGCCAAUGUGGCUGCCUCGGCCGUGAAGAGGGUCUGA